AGGAGAAGGUGGGAAGCAGGUGAGAGAGAAGGUGGGGGAGGGAGACAGGUGAAUGGGGGAAGGAUAGGUAGAGUCACCCUGGAGGGGAAAUAGGGGGGGGCAGAGUACGGGGGGGAGAGAGGGCGGUGGGACGAGACAGAAGUUUCUGGCGGGGACUCCCCAGCUCCUCCUCCCCACGCAGCAGGGAGUCCCACAGCUCAUUCCGCCCCCCCCCCCUCGCAGAGGAAGGAGGGGGCUGGAGGAUGCCCGGCCGCCGGGAGUGACCCCCCCCCCACCUCGCCACCUCCCCUUGACACCGCUUCCUCCCCCACCCCCGCCUUCCCCAUCCAGCCCACACUGCGAGGGGAGGGGCGCCGGGGGUAUCCCCUGGAGAGGGGGCGGGAGGAAGAUGGAGGGCUGGCAGGAGACCUAGACGAGGGGGGGCAGGCAGGCGCGAUGGAGGGGGCGGCGGGCUGGCAGGGGCAAUAGGGGGCAACUGGAGGGGCAUCGGGCAUCCGCGGAGCGCGGGGGGUCGCCGGCGCCGUCCUGGGAGGCUGCGGACCGAGGGGCGCCCCCGGGGGAUGCCGAGGAGGGGUCACCUCCGGUUCUGAGACCCCCGAUCUUCCACGCCGCGAUGGGGACCGCUCUGGGGGGGAUUUACCUGCUGGGCGUGCUGGCAGCAACUUGCGACGCUGUGCAGUUCGUUCCUGCAAAGACCUAUGAAGACUGGUGGGCGUACAAGGAGACUCUUCAUGGUAGCUUCGUGCCAGGUCCCCCGUUCUGGGGUCUGGUGAAUUCGGCUUGGAGCCUCUGCGCCAUUGGCAAACGCCAGUCGCCCCUGGACGUGAACACAAGCCAAAUGGUGUUUGACCCCUUCCUUCUUCCUCUUCGUCUCAGCACAGGUGGGAAGAAGGUCAGCGGUACCAUGUACAACACAGGGCGGCACGUGUCCUUCCGUCCAGAUCCACUACAGCUGGUUAACGUUUCCGGAGGCCCUCUUCUCUACAGCCACCGGCUCCAGGAGAUCCGCCUGCAUUUUGGCAGCGAAGACGGAUUUGGCUCCGAGCACUGGAUCGACAGCGAGAGCUUUUCUGCUGAGGUGCAGCUGAUCCACUACAAUCAAGAGCUGUACCCCAAUAUCUCAGAGGCCUCACGCAACCCCAAUGGCUUGGCUGUUAUUUCAAUCUUUGCUAACGUAGGGCCAAGUCCUAACCCAUUCCUAACCAGGCUAUUGAACAGAGAAACCAUCACCCGGAUCUCCUAUAAAAAUGAUGCCUACCUUCUACAUGAACUGAGUCUGGAGGAUCUUUACCCUGAGACAUUUGGUUUCAUCACCUACCAGGGAUCCAUGUCGACCCCGCCAUGCUACGAAACGGUCACUUGGAUCCUCGUUGACCGGCCCAUCAACAUUACCUCCGUCCAGAUACAUUCCCUUCGCCUUCUCAGCCAGAACCUUCCUUCCCAAAUUUUCCGAAGCAUGAGCGAUAACUCGAGACCUCUUCAGCCCCUCUUACAACGAAGCCUUCGGAGCAACCGAGACCUGCGCCGUCCCACCCGACGGUGUAAGGGAGCCAACUACAAGCUACAUGUUGAUGGCGCCCGGCCCUCCAAAACUGUCAUGUAGACAGGCCCAGCCGCAGGCAAUUUUGUUCUGUUGAAUGUUCAGGGGUGUCUGUCGCUCCCUCAAAAUCCAGUUUCUUCCUGAGGAAGCUACAGUCUCCCAGUACUGGGUCGCUGUGCCCCCCAGGUAAAUGGGAACAAUGUAGCACACCUGUGAACCACACUGGACUGUCUGUAUCAGAGGUGUCUAGAGCAUCUCUUCUUCCCCUGUAUCAUUUCCAGAAAGGUGAAAAAACAAUGAAGCAGAGGCUUUAAUAGAACAGUGCAGCAUAACCCAGUUUAACAGACCAUCUUAAAAAAAAAAAAGAAGAGGGCCUACAAGAGCUUAUAAAGGGAGAAUUUUUACCCUUUGACACGGCUUCCCUGAAAUCUCAAAGGCAAACAUUUCUGACUGGACAUCAAACAUACCCGCAAUCUCUGCACGUCCCAAAUGCUGGAGAAACACAGCGGGAGAGAGGCGGUGCUCCAAAAUCUCGCACAAGCCACCUGAGUCAUCUUUGGCCGAGAAGUGCAACACACACGGGGCCGUGUUCCAAAACCUCAGUAUAUUUAGUGGGACAAAUAAGUCGAGUUUUAUCCUUGUGGCGUCUGAAUGCACACCAAGGUAUGUGUAGGACGUCCUGGGAAUCUCAGGAGCCACGGAGCACAAGAAUAAAAGCAGAACUGUGCCUCAAAAUAGUAAGUGGUCUAAAUAACGUAUGGGUUGUGGAAAGUUUAGUGGGGGAGGGGUGGGGGUAGGAGAAGAACACAUCGAAGACACCCAGGAAUGACCCCACGAAUUCCGAUAAUCUCUCAUGGCUUUGGGAGAAGAAUACUUGAAAUUUCACCCACUUUGUGAGUGAAUCUGGGGGAUCUAGGGUAGAAAAGAUAAACAGAAGUCCACCCCACCCCCCAAAUUAUCAACUUAGCAUUGGGAAAUUGGGGGGCUGGGUGUGAGGACAGAGAUUCACAAGAACAUGACCAUAAUUUCUGAGCGGCCUCCGAACAGACCUUAACUGGGAAGCAGGGGAGGAAAGAAUUUCGUUGCCAAAACAAUCCGACUUUUGAAUAUGGAUGAAUAUUAUUAAUUAAAAAGACAAUUGUCAACAUUAA